AUGUACAUCUAUUCAGUGGAAGGCAUGGUGUUAUUCCUGACAGAUGCGGCAAGUGAUGACCUUGAAACUCCAACAAGCCAGAUCGAGGACCCAGCAUAUCCAGACCAAUUGGCGCAAGAAUCCUUAUCGCUUCACACGCUAGCAAGUCCGGAAGGCCUCGGCGUGCAUGUUCUUCCACCUCCUGACGAUGUUGAAGGACUCGUCUCAGUGGUUCCUUCACUUCCUUCGGUACAGCUGGAUGACACUUCCUCCGUUGGUAACUCUGUGGUGACGGACGACCCAGCUGAAGAUCCCGAGCUACUUCACCCUGACCAGAUUGCCCAGGAAAGUCAGGUCGGACCGGGAGGUGAUGGACUAGGUACACCGACAGUUUCAUUUCCUUCUCCUGUAACAGCGUCAUCUCCUCAUCCUUCUGUCCCAUCCGGCGGCAUAGAGGGCGUGGCACAGAAUCCUCAUUUCCCACCCAACCAAUAUCCUCAAGAUGCCCUUCUUCCGACUUCUCCGCGUUUCUUUAACCCUCACAUACAGGCCUAUUAUCCAUUUCCAGGACCAGACGGGUAUCCUACAAUUGAUCCUUACCGGUUCUACGACCAGCAGAGGCUUUACGACCAGUUGAGGCGACCAGUGGAUCCUUCAAAGAUCCCUCCUCGUCGGACGUCAUAUAAUCCUCACCCAGUCUUCCCGAGCACAAUAUUUGCUCCUCCUGAGCGACCUGUUCCCUUACCCCCAAGAAGGAUUAAAACAAGGCAGCCUGUAAAUGUAAGGGCACCACUCCCGCGUCCAACACCGCAGACACCUACACUGACUUCAGAAACUUCUGAAAAACAAGCCUCUUCUGAGACGAAUAGACUUCCUGAUAAUGACACACCUGGACACACUAACCCCGAAGUCCCACAGGAUGUUGCAACCCCAUUGUUCCAACCCAAGAGAGAGCAGUGGAACUCGAAAAUAUUUUUCGAGAUCGAGCAAAGUAGACAACAACUAGAAGAAGGAAAACAACAGAGUGACACUGAAGAUUCAGCGAGCUUGCCUCUUCCCGAAGCAUCAGCAGAGGAGCACUCUAAGAUCAGAGAACAAAGCAGAGAGGAAAGACCAGAGGAAGGACUGAACACAGAAACAUCGACUGAAGAUCGUCCCAAGCCAUCAUCCAGCGAGGAAGAUCAAGGAAGUACUGUAGGUAAUGCAGAAAUACCCAUUCACGACCAUGAGGAUUUGUCGCCCCUGGUGUCUUCAGCAGAAAAAACAGGGAUAACCUUCUUCCCCCAGGACGUCGACGAAGUAUUCCAGUUCGAGGGAAGUGAGAGGGAUGUGUCAGCAGCCAAGCCCAAUAGCAAUAGAUUUGUACAGCUGCAACCAACACCAACAGACCUGAGAGAUAUUGAUGCAAGUUUGUAUGAAGGUUUAAGACUACCUUACUAUUCUAUCCUUGAUGAGCCAGCUUUUCCGAAUGGGAACCAGCAAAUCUUCGAAGCACUAGAAAAUGUAGAUCCAAGUGCCUUUAACGAAGCAGUUCUGGCCUUUGAGCCACAGCGAACGAGUGAACCACCAGUGAACGAAGUUGGUAGCAAUGUCCAGCAGAAUCUGGGAAUACCCAUAGAACCUGUUACACAGAAGGUAGACACGGGAAUUCCUGCAACCACACCUUUCAAUAACCAGCCCCAGCCGUCCCAACAGAAUCUGCCACAGUUACAAGGAAAUUCGCAAUUUGCAGAUUUCUAUGAUCCAGGUUUUCUAGAUUAUGUCAAUGCCCUCUAUAGAGCACAAGCACCAGAUUAUGACUACUUCUAUGAUUAUGAUUCGGAUUAUAACAUUGGUUCAACUGGACAAUUUCCAGGAAAUCAAAAUUCAGUUCCUCAACAGUUGCAAGGUGGAAUUCCCGCAACAAGCUCUGGUCAACCGGGUCUGCCACCAACAGGGCCCCUUUUCAAUCCCUGGGGUUACCCGAUCUCACCCACAUCACCUACUCGCGGGUCACAAACCAGUCCUGGCUUCCCGCAACAAUUCUUUCCUCAAAAUAUUCCUUUUCCUACAGGAUUCCCAGUACAGGGGGUAAACGGAAACCAAACUCAAGGCUUUCCAUUUAAUCCCCUUGGUUUUCAACAACAGGGGAUCCUACCAUUUGGCUAUACUCCAACUCCAACAACAUUCCUGCCUGGGUUUCAGUCAUCACAGAUCCCUGCUGUAUCCACCCCUAGGAUUCGGUUCCAGGAUGACACAGUACUGGAAAUAAGUCCUUCGCCAAAUCCUCCAAUUGGUGUCACAGACAGCAUAGAAAUUCAAACCCCACCAUCUAUUACAUUUGAGGCAUCUACACCUAAUCCUCAAACGAAUGAAAAUGGUAAAACAGACAAUGCAUCAGUCAGUGGGGUAAGCCAAUCAACACUAAAUUCAUUGUUGACAACUAAUCAAACACAAGUUGUACCACAACAAAAUAUAUCUCUUUUACCUCCUCCAUCAACCUUUGCCUCUCCAGUACAAGUACCUCUCCCAAAUGAUUCUUUACCAGCAGUGAGCCAAGAGAAUGAUGCUUUACAAUCUCCUGGACCAUCAGAUCAAGCUGUAUCAGAUCCAGCAAAGAGUGUACCACAGCUUCCCACAGGUCCGGCACAGAAUACCUUACUCACUGCUGAGGAAUCUGGAGGACUUGGUGGAGCUUUAGGUUCUGUAGUGCCGGUAAAGAAUGUACAAAUAGCUUCCCCAAAUCAGCCACAAAACUUAGGAAGUGAAUCAGUCAAACCAUCCACAGCAACUGAAAUCACUUUAAAUAAUGUAACAUCUAUACCUGCCGUUUCAUUGCAAAAUACACCUGUAUCUUCUGGGAACUUAACCCCAAAUAUUCCAACCCAGGAUAAGACACCACAGGCUGUACAAUUUCCAUCAACUUUUCUAGCACAGGCUGUACAACUGCCUGGUGCUUUUCCAACACAGAAUACACCACCUCAAUUAGCUAUUCCAACACAGGGAAUUCCAUUAUCUUCCCUUGUGCCAACACAGGACAUACAGAGACCUAUAACAGUUCCUUCACUGGAUGAUCCAUCUCAGAAUGCACAACUGCCUACAUCUGUUCCAACACAAGGAAUCCCGCUGCUUUCUGGUAUUCCAGCACAGUUAUAUUAUGCUAAUGGCACACAGGGACUACAGCUGCUUUCAACGCUCACAACACAAAAUACUCAAUUACCAUCAAAUAUUCCACCACAAAAUGUCCAAGGACCUUCAUCUGUUCAGACCCAAAAUGUACAAAUACCCUCUGUUCCUAUACAGGUUGUGCUUCCACCAGCUGUACAGACACAAAGUGGACAACAACCAUUAGUUUUCCAAGCACAGGGUGUACAACUGCCUUCAGCUGUUCCAACACAGGGUGUACAGCUGCCUUCAGCUGUACCAACACAGGUUGUACAGCUGCCUUCAGCUGUACCAACACAGGGUGUACAGCUGCCUUCAGCUGUACCAACACAGGGUAUACAGCUGCCUUCAGCUGUAUCAACACAGGGUAUACAGCUGCCUUCAGCUGUACCAACACAGAGUGUACAGCUGCCUUCAGCUGUACCAACACAGGGUGUACAGCUGCCUUCAGCUGUACCAACACAGGGUGUACAGCUGCCUUCAGCUGUACCAACACAGGGUGUACAGCUGCCUUCAGCUGUACCAACACAGGGUGUACAGCUGCCUUCAGCUGUACCAACACAGGGUGUACAGCUGCCUUCAGCUGUACCAACACAGGGUAUACAGCUGCCUUCAGCUGUACCAAUACAGGGUAUACAGCUGCCUUCAGCUGUACCAACACAGGGUGUACAGCUGCCUUCAGCUGUUCCAUCACAGGGUAUACAAAGACCUUUAGCUGUUCCAACACAGGGUGUACAAAGGCCUUCAGUUGUUCCAAUACAGGGUGUACAGCUGCCUUCAACUGUACCAACACAGGGUAUACAGCUGCCUUCAGCUGUACCAACACAGGGUGUACAGCUGCCUUCAGCUGUACCAACACAGGGUGUACAGCUGCCUUCAGCUGUACCAACACAGGGUGUACAGCUGCCUUCAGCUGUACCAACACAGGGUGUACAGCUGCCUUCAGCUGUACCAACACAGGGUAUACAGCUGCCUUCAGCUGUACCAACACAGGGUAUACAGCUACCUUCAGCUGUACCAACACAGGGUGUACAGCUGCCUUCAGCUGUUCCAACACAGGGUAUACAGCUGCCUUCAGCUGUACCAACACAGGGUAUACAGCUACCUUCAGCUGUACCAACACAGGGUGUACAGCUGCCUUUAGCUGUUCCAACACAGGGAGCACAAAGGCCUUCAGCUGUUCCAACACAGGGUGUACAGCUACCUUCAGUUGUUCCAACUCAGGGUGUACAGCUGCCUUCAGCUGUUCCAACACAGGGUGUAAAGCUACCUUCAGUUGUUCCAAUUCAGAGUGUACAGCUGCCUUCAGUUGUUCCAAUUCAGGGUGUACAGCUGCCUUCAGUUGUUCCAACACAGGGUGUACAAAGGCCUUCAGCUGUACCAACACAGGGUGUACAGCUGCCUUCAGUUUUUCCAAUUCAGGGUGUACAGCUGCCUUCAGUUGUUCCAACACAGGGUGUACAAAGGCCUUCAGCUGUACCAACACAGGGUGUACAGCUGCCUUCAGUUUUUCCAAUUCAGGGUGUACAGCUGCCUUUAGUUGUUCCAACACAGGGUGUACAAAGACCUUCAGCUGUUCCAAGUCAGGGUGUACAAACGCCUUCAGUUGUUCAAACACAAGGUGUACAAAGGCCUUCAGCUGUUCCAACUCAGGGUGUACAGCUGCCUUCAGCUGUUCCAACACAGGGUGUACAGCUGCCUUCGGCUGUUUCAACACAGGGUGUACAAGGGCCUUCGGCUAUUCCAACACAAGGUGUACAGCUGCCUUCAGCUUUUCCAACACAGGGUGUACAAAGGCCUUCAGCUGUUUCAACACAGGGUGUACAGCUGCCUUCAGCUGUUCCAACACAGGGUGUACAGCUGCCUUCGGCUGUUUCAACACAGGGUGUACAAGGGCCUUCGGCUAUUCCAACACAAGGUGUACAGCUGCCUUCAGCUUUUCCAACACAGGGUGUACAAAGGCCUUCAGCUGUUUCAACACAGGGUGUACAGCUGCCUUCAGCUGUUCCAACACAGGGUGUACAGCUGCCUUCGGCUGUUUCAACACAGGGUGUACAAGGGCCUUCGGCUACUCCAACACAAGGUGUACAGCUGCCUUCAGCUUUUCCAACACAGGGUGUACAAAGGCCUUCAGCUGUUUCAACACAGGGUGUACAGCUGCCUUCAGCUGUUCCAACACAGGGUGUACAAAGGCCUUCAGCUGUUCCAACACAGGGUGUACAACUGCCUUCAGCUGUUCUAACUGGGCAACAGCCAUCAAUUAUUCCAACACAAUAUACACCACUAACAUUUAGGCAGUUCACACAGGGUAUACAAUCACCUACUGCUUCUUCACAGGGUAUACAACUGCCUUCCCUUGUUCCAACACAAAACCUGCCUCCUGUUGUGCCAGUAAAAAGUCAACAGCAACCUUCCAUUGCUUCAGCGCAGGGUAUACAAUUGCCUUCUGCUUUCCCAACAUUGUCUUCUCUUGUUCCAACCCAAGGUGCACGUCCGCCUUCUGCUGUGCCAACACAAGCGCCAUCUCAGAGAGUGCCAGUGCCAUCCGAGGGUGCACAGAUUCUUUCAGGAUUUUUAGGACCUUUAUCACAAACGACACCACCGCAUUUUGAUUUGUCAACAUUGCAAGAUCUACAAAUUCCUCUCUCACCUGAAAAGGGCAAAUCACCAUUUUCGAACUUACCUGGAAAUGAUUUACCAGAAAUUACCCAAGCCAAAGAUAAAACUAAUACUAUUGGUGACGUGGUUACUCGGCCACCUCUCUCAGUUCUGACACCUCGGCCUCCCACAGCAAUUCUUGGGACUGACCCGAUUAGAAGCCCAGCCGCUGGAUCCCCUCUGGCAACACCUACUUUACAGACUGAAGCUUUCAAUGACUUUAUGAACUUCUUUGGACUCAAUAAUGGAGAUGAAACAUCUACUUUGAAUCCUACUACAACUAGAACCUCAAACGAGUUCGCUGUUGGUUCCGGAUUGGUGGUGGACAGCAAGGUGUUGCAGGAUUUGCACAAUUUAAAGAACGUCGGACCGCGCCAGGACACCACAACCAGGAACUAUCCUUUAGAUCCCUCUCUCCUUAAUUCAACAAGACUCUUUGCAAACCUGGCAGAAGCAAUUCGCAAUACAAUUAACCCUUCAUAUUUCAUACUUACAAAACACGAUGUUGGUAACUAUUCCUCACCACCACUUAUUAGGAACAGUCAGCACAAGCAGUCGAUAAACAGGCUACCAGCUCCCAAGUCCGUUAGUGAAACAGUUGUACCAGCUGUUGAAAAUUCAUCACCAAAUGCGCUAAAGGUAACCCGGAUGAAUGCCAAGAUGCCACACCUCAUUGCCUCUCUACAAGCAAUGAUGGACAAGUCGCCGAGGCAACCUCAAGAUUCCGAGGAAAGCACAGACACUAAUGGUAAGAAUAAGAAUGAAAAAGAAUACUCAGGUGGCAAUCGAGUUGAUGCAGAUGAAUUCCUUCUUCUCUUCUCAAACAAGAGCCCAAUUCUGCCCGAUGACGGUGAGUAUAUUAUACUCAUUCCGCGGCCAACUGAAUUAAAGUUCCCCACUGAUACUAGACCAUCGGCUGAAACUACAGCAGAUAUCUUUACACAAGGCAGGGAGUUCUUGGAAUUAGCUGAUAACCUACGACCUGACGGGACCAUAAAACCACACAGCGCUGUCCGUCGCAGAGCCCCUGCCAUAGAUCCUGCAGAGGAGAGGAUAGGACCCAUACCUUCUUCAGGCGAAACGGAGGAUCUACUUGAGCAUCCAGUAAGAGGAGCCUUUUACGGGCUCUCCACGGACCCAGGUACCUUAAAUUGGUUGGCUCCGUACUCUGGAGGUUUCGGCCUCCGUGAACCGCGAAAAGAGGAUGGUUCGGGAGAGAGAACAGAGAAAAAGAUAGAUGAUGCUCAGACGAAUUCCUCUAAUCUGAUUAGCGAUGACUAUGAGGAUUUCCCACUAUCAGAGAGCAAUACAAUAGGAGUGGCAUCCCCACCCACUCUCCUUCCUGAAGAUUUACAAGGCCCAACACUAGCUGAGUAUUAUGCAAAGUAUUUCACCACAGCCCAGGACCCUCAGGUGUUUUUCAACCCAUUAGCAACUGGGAGUUACCCAGCAUACAAUAACAUUUCGCCGCGCCCCACCAUCUCUGGAGUAAGAAGUCCAGAACAAUACGGGUACUUCUAUCAAGGACAAUACCCACAGUUUAACCUUGGCGUUCGUGAUACAGGUGCAAAUCCCUACGAUUUUGCCUUUGCCAACUUCCCUACUGCUGCAUUUGGACAAGACAGUAACGCCUACAGCCCAAACCAAACACCACAAGACACAACACCUGCAGAUAACAUAGGCAGCCGAGCGCCUGCUUUCCCGGAGUCAGCUGAGGAAGUGGGAGGACUGAGUUACGAUUACAAGGACAGUUUCAUCCCUGAUUAUCUCAACGGUGGUAACCAGGAUUAUUCUUCAGACACAACCUUUGAUUCAGUUUACUCUGAUUACGAUGUGCAAUUAGAAAGUAACAUUAAUUCUACAGGGUUAUCAACGACAAAUCCUCUGGCUGCUGAGGGCAAUAUUGGAACAGGUUCCGGAGAUACUUUUGGUGGGCUAGAUGCCAACGUCGCUGGACUAAGAGUUAAUGGAGGAGCUGACGUCACUCAAAAUGCUACUCAGCGUCCAGAUUUCCCCACCGUUGCGACAAGUCAAGAAGGAACAAAUACAUCCUUUUUAGACACUUUAGAAACCGUCCUUUCCCGUAACAAGGAGGACUUUGACUUCAACUCGGAUGUCCCUGUUGGUGACAAUGUACGCUAUGACGAAGGAUUACUCGAUGCCAUUAUUAGUGGCGAGGUAAGAGAGGAUGGAACAGAUCCUUCAGGAAAUAUUCCUCUAGAUUACGAUUACAGUGCAGAGAAUAUCGCUCCAGGCGGAAUACCUCUACCUCCAGUGACUGAAGUACCUGCCUCUUUGUCCUUCGGUACUCCUGGAACUACUAUUUCGACUAUUGAGGUCGAUACCGACAGGAGUAGCUUUUCCGAGAGCGCUGAUGGUAAUUCUGCCAGUGGGUUAAACACUGCUGGUACCGGUACUUCAGGUGAAGGUGAGGAUCCUCGGUUCACAAACGUCCCCGUAGACAUUCUUGUUUUUACUGCGGCCCCUACUUCCGGAUUUCAGCCAGGCAGUAACAGUCUGACGCCUGAUGACAAUAUUUUCACUUCCCAAACGAAGAGGGUUACCCCUGAGAGUAAUAUUUUUACCUCUAUUGCUAGCAGAUUCACACCAGAAAGCAAUAUUUUCACAUCUCAAGGCAAUGUAUUCACUCCUAGCAGCAAUGCAUUUACCACUGAAUUUAGUGUCACCACACCGAUAGACAGCAGUUUCAUAUAUAAAAAGAAUAAUUACAUACCAGAAGAUAAUAAUUUUACUCCAAUUUACAACAUUCCCGUAACCGAAGAUCCCAUUAUAGCUUCUUUUGACGUGGUAGGAACUGACCUCACCAGAGAAGGUCCUUUCAAUGCCAUUCCCACUGAGAAUCCUAUUUCUAAUAAUAAUAACGAUGAAAAUAUUUCACAAGAUAAUGCAAGUGGCGUUUUCGAAAGCACAACAACGUCCGUACCUGUUUUCGAAACUACAACAAUGUCCUCGCCUGUUUUCGAAACUACUACAGAGUCUUUACCUGCUUUUGAAACAACAACGUCUGUACCCGUUAUCGAUACUACAACAUUGUCUUUACCUCCAGAUCUCAUUUUCCCAGAUGACGAUGACAGUGCUGAUGCUUCAGUUAGUAACGGCAUCAGCACUGCUGUGCCUGAUGUGCUUGAUGCCAUCCUCCAUGUAGGUACACCAGGGAACCCAAAUGUUGUAUUUGGAGGUGAGGUCCAACUAGACCAAAACUUACAAGGGUUUAGUGGUGAAAGCCAAACAAACACGGAUAUACAAGGUAAUGAAGAAGUCGAACAAACUCCAAGUGACAAUUUAUCUUUUCCCCAAGUUCCUACGCAGAAUGAAAGUCCUGCAGCCAAUCAACAGGUCACAGUUGAUGAAAGCCAACAGGCUUCCGAUGACACCAAACAACAACUACAGAGAACGGAAAAUGCCAAUGAAACAAGUCAAAACGCAAGUAUUAAUCAGACUGCAGAUGUCCCAUUUACGAACGAGCAGGCUGAAAGGGAGGAAUCGUCGGGGGUUCAAAUAAGUGAUGCCACGUCCCUUAGUGCAGGGGUGCCACUGAACACCACUGCUGAACAAACUGAUACAAAAGAUGAGAGACCAAACCUUGCAUCUCAACUUCCAUUUCUAGAGCUUCCUGAAGGUGCUUUUGGCUUUACGGUCACCCUUGGAGAGUUUAACAAUACUCAGUCCCUCACACAGGAAAAUAUUGAUAAUCCGUUGCAGAACAAUACUAAAAUUGUCACAGAAGAUAGUGAUGAUCGGUUGCAGACAGCCACACAGAACAACAGCAUUGAUGUCUCUGAUUCACAGACCGAAGAAAAAGAUGUUUCGUUUAGACAAGGAAACGAUACUUUCGUGGACCUUCAAUCCAAUGACACUGCCACUGGCAUACUUAUCAAUGAGUCUACAGUGGAAGAUACAGUACCAUUAUUGAACAUUCCUGGAAGGGUUGAACCAUCAGGAAUUUCCUCACAGACGCCCGUCGAUGUGCUUCUUUUGGGUGAGUCUCACGAGAAUACUGAUGCCCAAACUUCAGCAAAGGGAACACAAGGGGACAGCAAUUGUAAUGAUACCGGAGAUUUGUCCCAUAAUGCAGAAUUAACAAUUGAUUUUUCAUCAUCUGAGGAACCGAUUAUAUUGUUAGACAGUUCGGUGGAACUGGCCUCUAUAGAAGACAGGGGGAAAGACAAAAAUCAGGAUUUUGUCUCCUUAUUCCAAGAUCAACUUGAUGCAAUAAGGAAAGGAAUCGAUGAACCGUCAGCCCAAGGUAAGACGCCAGAACUUCCAGUUCCAGGAUUCACAGGUUUUGGUGAAAAAAAUAAAUUCACCACAAAUCUGCUCUCACCAACCCCAUCUGUACAAAAAGUCACAGAAACAACAACAACAACAGUCUACAUACCUAUUGUUAAACCAACAAACUCUCCAUCAACUACUAAGAAAGUUGUGUCCACCUUGAAGGGGAGACCAACAACCAAACCAGGAAUAUGGAGACCAACAUUUGGUCUACCGGUUCAGACACAGACUUCGAGGCCAACUUCAUUUAAGGGCAUCAGCAACCAACCUAGUUUAGCUUCAUUUCUGGGAGGCUCAACUCCACCAGCAAACUUUGGAUUAUAUGGAAACUCUAACAACCAACAAAGCGUGGGAGCCAUUACAACUCCUGGCCAGGGACAGUAUACAAGACCAAGUUCAAUCUAUGAUAAUGCCGGUCAACAGCAAAAUCUGGGAACAUACUCAGAAUCUCAGGGUCAAACACAGAAAGAUAAUGAAAGGGAGAAAUGGGUAUGGAGGAAUACUUUCAGCAGUUUACCCAUUAGAGGUAGAGAAGAAUAUAUAAAAAACAGGCCCCAGACUUAUAAUACCAAUAAUUUUGCUCCUGGAACUGGUAGUCAAGGAGGAAACCAUUAUGCAGGUAGCACCUAUGCCCAGAAUAGGCCCAAACACACUGAGUAUGGGAAGGACAGCGAAACAGACCGCUGGGUAUGGACCUCCAACAGAGGCGGUUCCCUGCCAAAUCGAAAUCCACCAACACCUUUCCCACUAAGAAACACAUGGGUUCCAGACAACUAUCUAUUUAGUCCUAGUGUAGUAAACUAUGUUUACAGCAGAGCGAGUUCAGACACCUCAGAGACACCAGUCACUGACUCAGCUAAGAAGCUAGGGAAUAGAGUUACACAAUCUGGGCCCACUACAACAACAACGCCUUAUUAUUGGUAUAGUAGCCACAGUAACACAGAUCCCCGUGUCCCACAUAGCCAGGAGGAGAUGGGCUCUGAAACCCAUCCCAGAUACCCCUCUGCAAAGCUCUAG